AUGGAUGAAGUACGGUCCUUUUUCACAAAUCCAAAUGUACAAACUAGAAAACUUCGAGGUCCGCACACUGGUGGAUGCAGAGUUACCAAAAAUGAUAAUACUUAUGGAUUUAACCGUCCAGAAGAACAUAGACAGUCUAGUCUUCCUACUGGAACAGAUUAUGCUGGAGAAGUACAGCAAAGGGAGCAAGAGUUAUAUUUAAAAUGUAAACUAGCAGAGAAUACGUCUCAAGACAGUCAAGAUGGUUUAAAUUCUCUAGAGAAUCUUUCUUCUUGGGGUUCAGUCAUGCCUAGUAACAAUGGCAACCUUGCAGAUGAUGCUAUGGCAGCUAAUUACAGCAAAUAUAAUUUCACAAUAAAGGAAGAUACAAAGGACCUAGCUAUAAAUAAAUACAAAGAGGAAAUAAUGAGUAGAAUCACAGCUUACCCCAUAGUAAUAAUUGAGGGCCCAACUGGAUGUGGGAAAACAACACAAGUGCCACAAUGGAUCCUUCAUGAUGCCUAUGAGAGGAGGAUGCCGUGCAAAAUUGUUGUUACUCAGCCUCGUAGAAUUGCAGCAACAUCAAUUGCUAAAAGAGUUGCACAGGAACGUGGUUGGGAUGUUGGUGGCCUUGUUGGAUACCAGGUUGCCCUUGAAAAUAAAACAUCGACAGACACACGCAUUUCAUAUGUUACAACCGGAGUGCUACUUCAGAAAUUAGUAAGCGCCAAAAAUUUGAAUGAAUACACUCAUAUAAUAUUAGAUGAAGUUCAUGAAAGAGGUCAAGAAAUGGAUUUUUUACUUCUGGUUGUUAAAAAACUCAUGUACACGGUGUCUUCAGGCGUCAGAGUGAUACUUAUGUCAGCUACAUUUAACACAAAAGUGUUCACAAAUUAUUUUCACAUCCCAGCUAUUGGGGAUCAUAAUAAACCGAGUUGCAUUAACAUUAAAUCAGGACAGGCGAAGCACAAAGUAUUUUACAUUAAUAAUUUGAACAAAUUUACGCUACCAACGAUGAAUGAUAAUCCAGAAAUAACUAUUGAAAUGCACCAUCUCGUAGUCAAACUGGUGAAUGGAUUUGAGUCAAUCGAUAGCCAAGGACAUUCCAUUGACAUUUCAAAGGAUAAUUUGCCAUCGGUUCUUAUUUUUCUACCAGGGAUACAUGAAAUUGAAGAGUUGUACACGUGUCUCACUAAUGAUGAAUUACGGAGGAAAUUAUGCGGGGAGAGCUCUCUCCGUUGGUGGGUGUUACCCCUCCACUCAACGCUCACAGCUGACGAACAAGUACGUGUAUUCCAACGUGCACCACCCGGACAAAGAAAGAUCAUUUUAUCUACAAACGUUGCUGAAAGUUCCAUCACUGUACCGGAUAUUAAAUAUGUGAUUGACUACUGCCUUAUGAAAGUGCUAGUAGCGGAUGUAAACACUAACUUCACGUCAUUGCAACUUCAAUGGGCUUCGAAGGCAAAUUGUGAUCAGCGCGCGGGAAGGGCUGGGAGAGUGGGGGGCGGGGGGAGAGUGUACCGUCUGGUGACUGAUAAGUUCUAUGAAAACUUUCUGGAUGAAUGUACGCCUGAACUCACGAGAUGUCCUUUAGAAAGGCUCGUCCUCCUCGCUAAAUCUCUGCAAAUGGGUCCUCCAGUAGAUAUUUUAGCAUUGGCCAUGAACCCACCAGACCUUUCCAAUGUACAUCGAACUGUAUUAGUACUUAAAGAGAUUGGUGCCUUAAAGAAAUUGGUCAACGGCGAGUGGAGUUCAUCAGAUGGAGAUAUAACGUAUUUGGGACGUAUUAUGGCGAAACUGCCUCUUAACGUACAAAUGUCGAAACUUAUCAUGCUGGGAUAUAUCUUUGGUUGUCUGGACGAGUGUGUUAUUAUGGCCGCUGCAAUGUCAGUGAAGAAUGUCUUCAGUAGUCCGUUCCGUGAACAGCUUAAUGCGUAUAAUUCUAAGCUAACAUGGGCUGAUGGAUCCACUAGUGAUUCUAUUGCGUUUUUGAAUGUUUAUAAGGUGUGGAGCCACCUUCGCCAACAACAGUACUUUAGGCAAACGGGCAAAAGCGAAUCACAAUGGGCCCAUCGAUUUUACGUACAAGUGCGUGCGAUGCGCGAACUUGACGAAAUGGUACGUGAGUUGCGUGUACGUCUAUCACGUGAGGAGAUAGACACGCAAAAGGCAAAAUCAUCUUGGGGUAGGCAGGAACUGCCUGUGGUUUUGAAGGUUCUCCUAGCAGGCGCGUUCUACCCGCAGUACUUCGUCCAAGUGGCGGGUGAUGAAGUACGCGAACGUGAAGCCGUGCGUACACUGAGCGGCCUUGACCCGCGAAACACAGUGUAUUUGAGAGGAUUCCCGGAUAACCAACCGGGAGAUAUAUACGCGACUGCGAUUAAGAAUGUUAUCAUGAAUCAUAUUGGCGAUGAACCGAGAGUCACCUUUGAUAAGAACAGCCGGAAAGUCUACUUGACAUUCAACGACAAUUAUCACGGGAUGAAACGCAAUCAAGCUCGUGGUGGUGACCCGACCAUACCCGGCCAAGUUGUUCUGCCCGUGUACAAAGCUAUUAAGGCGCGUCAAUUAAAAAUGCAAUGGAGGAUACCGUUAUUACCUUUGAACAAAGCAAAUGACUUAUCAAAAGCAUUGGAGGCUUUAAAAAUAAGUCGUAAUGUAGAUCAAAUGGUUCCGAGACUACCGGAAGUCGAUGACACACAUUUCCCCAUGACAAUAUCUCAGCUUAUAAACGUUGGUAAAUUCUGGGUGCAAUACGCCGACGAAUCAACCGCGAGUGAGCUUCGCAUGAUCCAGCAAAAGUUGAACCGUAAACCCCUUACUCCGUGUUCGGGGUCACCGGCCAUUGAUAUGCUGGUCGCAGCCCCUUACGUAGAUGAAUCUGGGACUAAGAUGUAUAGAGCGAGAAUCACGCGGAUGCUGUCCAAGGAUAUGCUAGAGGUCUUCUACAUAGACUACGGCAGUGUGGGCCGUGUGAACGUGGGCAGUUUGAGAAUGUUACCUGAUGGCAUGGACAGUCCGCCCUUAGCGAUGCUCUGUGUGUUAGCUGAGAUUGCGCCUGCGCCGCUUUUGACCGCGCACAGAGAUUGGCCACCUGGUGCCGUCCAAGUCUUCACUGAAUUGGUCUCCAAGGGACGACUUAUUGGCAAGGUAUAUUCGGUGACGCACGGAGUGGUGUCCAUCGAGCUGAUGGCUGAGGGCGGUCGGAUCAGUAUCAACCAGGAAUUAAUAAAAAAAGGUUUAGCAGUCAAGUGUGAGGAAAGUUAUGAAUCAAAGUUAAACCGCGACUUAAGAGAGACUGCGUCCGAACUGAACAUGUCUCAAAAACGGGCUUACAAUAAGGAACAAUCUGAAAUGGCCUAUAAACAUGUCACCGAGAUGGGGCCAUCCAGUUAUAAGGAAUGUGUCUCUGACGUUUGCCUUAAUGGACCAAUAAGCCCGUUAGAAACGACCGUACACAAUCUAAUGUACGCGAGCCAUGACAAACCAGUUAAUAUAGAGAGCAGUUCCGUCAACUCAGUACUACUGGACACGGAGCCACAGGAAAUAUAUGAAAGAUUGCUGGUAGCGGCGGAAGUCGGUCAGAACGAAGUGAGCAGCCGUCUGACGCUUCGGCACACCACAUUGAUGCCCAACAUACCUGGCCUACCCGCAUUGCUUGCACUAAUAUUCUGCCCUGAGGCUGAGCUACGCCGUGAUUCGUCGGCUAGUCGAUACGUGAGCGUUCUAUGCGGUUUGGGGAGUGACGCUGAGGGACAUCCCUACUUCCCAGAACAUGAUGUACUCGUGAAUAUCGACGCUGAUCUAACUGUUGACGAUAUUGGUACCAUAAACCAUCUCCGUUACCUGAUGGACCUGACGAUGCACCUUCGGAAUAAAAUGGAGACGCCGAUCGACGACGCGGACUUUACCGCUAAUCUGCCCCAGCUUAUUCGCGAAGACCUCAUGAAAUUGUUACUGAAGCGGCGCAAGCAUCGCGACCCAGAAUCAGUACUCAGGGCCUGGGAAUGGAAGUCGAUACCUGAUGAAGAGUUCCUCAGCAUCAACGUGCCUGAUAUGGUGGAAAGGGCUGAAGUCUUCCCGUUACAUGCUCCAUUGGAACUGACACCUGUCUCCAGGGAACGGCUUCUGGAGCUGAAGAGAGAUAACGAUGAGCUCAAGAUGCUCGUGAACCGGGCGUCUCUAACAACGAACGCGGAUUUGUCGUGUAAGCUUUGCGGCACAGCGCCCAUGGCACUACAUGCGAUGCGUAUACACCUCUUCUCCAACGUGCACCGCGAGAAGGAGGACGACUUCAACAUCGUUAAUUCUUAA